AUGUUGGUACCAUUUAUUCUGAUUUUUAUCAAUAUCUACAUUACUACAACGUUAGCUUCCAUUAAUCCCAUUAUUAUUAAGGGGAAGAGGUUUUACGACGCUGUGACCAAUGAAAGGUUUUUCAUAAGAGGCAUCGAUUAUCAGCCUGGAGGUUCGUCUGAGGUCAACGAUGAAAAAGAUCCCUUAUCAGACCCGGACCUCUGUGCCCGUGAUAUAUUAUUAUUUCAAGAUUUAGGAAUAAACACAGUAAGGAUAUACUCAAUUAAUCCGGACUUAAAUCAUGAUAAAUGUAUGACGUUGUUAGCAACAGCAGGAAUAUAUUUGAUUUUAGAUGUAAACUCUCCGUUAGAAAAUCAACAUUUGAAUAGAUACGAACCAUGGACAACAUAUAAUACAAUUUAUUUGAAACACGUCUUUAGUGUCAUAGAUGAAUUUUUACAAUAUAAUAAUACAUUGGGAUUCUUUGCUGGUAAUGAAAUUGUGAAUGAUAAGAGAUCUGCACAAUACUCACCACCAUAUAUUAAAAAGUUAAUUGGUGAUAUGAGGAGAUACAUAGAUGUUCACUCAACUAGACGGAUACCUGUUGGUUAUUCUGCUGCAGAUGAUUUGAAAUACAGAAUUCCAUUAUCUAAAUAUUUGGAGUGUGAAGAUACUGCGAGAAAGGAUUGUAGUGUUGAUUUUUAUGGUGUGAAUUCUUAUCAAUGGUGUGGACAGCAAACUUUGGAAAGUUCCGGUUAUGAUCGAUUAGUUGAAGCUUAUGAGAAAUACUCUAAACCUGUGAUAUUUUCCGAAUUUGGUUGUAAUAAAGUCCUGCCAAGAAAAUUUGAUGAAAUAACUGCUCUUUACUCAGAGUCAAUGAAUGAUGUUUUUAGUGGAGGUCUCGUAUAUGAAUUUACACAAGAGCCAAAUAAUUAUGGUUUGGCCGAAGUUGUAAAUGAAAAUGAUAUACAGCUUCUUGAUGAUUAUUUCACAUUAAGAGAUCACUAUAGACCUGAAGCUUCUUCUUCACAGGAACCCUCUUCCAAGUUAGAUUUACAUAACAAGAACUCCAUAGCACCCGAAGAUGUAGUUAUUCCCAAAUGUCAAAAAACUUAUCACAAUAUAAAAGUGGAUGGUGAAGUUGAAGAGAACUUGGCUGAUGUCCUAAUCAGAGAAGGUACACAACAUAAAAAGGGCAAAUUUGUUGACUUAGAUGAGAAAGAUCUCGAAUGUAAAUUCGAGAUUUAUAGAAAAGAUGGAAAGCCAUGGGACGGUCCAAGAAGAAUUGAAGCUGUAAACGAUAUGAGUCCUUUAAAGGAUACUAAGGCGAAAAGCGGUAAGCAUGGUUCCAGGAAGAAGUCAUCAUCUUUUAAAAUGAAGCCAAAGAAAGCAAUGACAUCUGUCUUUUUAAUAAUAGUGUGCAUUCUGUGGUAA